GUCGUUUCAGAUGCUGAUCGCUGGUCUGAAAUUUUCAGAGGAAAACUUUUUUUCAGGAGUUAAUUUCAGACCUGUAACCGGAAGUCAAAGUAGUAAUCGCUACUGUGUCUCGGGGAAUUCGAUUACGUAUACGCCAUGUGUAAGACGAGCAAGAAAACCCGUCGAACGGCUGGCAAAGGCAAGCCAACCCCCGUACGCGUUAUGCCUCUGAGACGGGCUGACGCAUCUGUUUUCACCGCGGAGUGCCGGAAGGAUACUCUUCGCAAUCCAAGUACAAGCCAAGGAGAUACAGUCUGGUUUUGCCCGUACUGCGACGAAUCGUUUGCAAAAGGAAUGAAGGGUAGCGCUCUAGUGCAUCUUUUGGGCAAAAAGAAGGCGAAAUGUAGCUAUCCAUGCGGGAUCUGGCGAAAUGGACUGCGCAAUCCCGUCGACCGCCAGGAUUAUCUUCAUGGUAGGUUGCCGAAGAAAUGUGUCUACUAUCGCCGGUAUCAGGAUAACGCCAUGACGAAGCUGGGAAAGCCAACAUACGAAGAAUGGAAGGAGAGCGACAAACAGCGCACCAUCCGAUUACAUCCUAGCGAUGUCGAAGAAGGCAUGAAUCUACGGAAUCCACCAGUACCAGAAGAUUCAGCUGAAGAUUUCCAGCCAUCCACUCCAUCGAAAGGCGCAAAACCGGCAAAACGUCGCAUUCCAGUUUCUCGAGAAUGCAGAUCGAAGAAGGCAAAAACAUCUGCGCCAGUCGCAGAAAAGAGUACGCAGCCUUUACCGGAGCAGACAACGAGUGCACCGUCUCUGGACAGUUCCGAUACGGUUAAAGAGACGGCGAUACCGGGCGACACUUUUCUGGUUACGGUGUACAACGCCGACGGUACAACCGUAGCCCAAAUUUCCGUACCCGGUGCGUCUCCACCCAAGAUCACUGUCGAGAAGAAACCAGCGUCCCGACCGAUCAUCACCCAACCGGAAACGGAAUGUGCAGGAUAUGAUACGCCGCGUCGUUCUAUUGAGCUGAAUCCGACCGUUACCGGUUCUGGACCACGGAAGAAAGCAACGACGUCAUCAGGAUCGCAGUCCCGUGAUGGCUCGCUCGAUCGUGCAGUGAGAUAUUUGAUGAACUUGUGAAAUAAAUAAUUUCUGUCUGCCCCUUGUACCGUUCACUUGAUGAUUUCUCCAUUGUUACUGAAAAUAUCAUAAUUGUAAUAUUUAUUGUUUAUUAUUAAUUUCUUUAACGUAAGUACAGUAACUAAUGUUUUCUUAUGUGG